AUUUUGUUCGGAUAUAAAGAAGGUACGCGUGAGGACGUGACACAACUUUCUGUGGCGCGAGACCGCGAACAGUCGCGCGCAUGUAUGUUUCCGCGCGGGAAUAGCCCAGGCGCCAUUUUAAAACCCCUCAGCCUUGAAGAAGACGAGCGCAGGCCGGUUCGCGCCGGCUGUGACCCGGUUCUGACCGGAGAUAACCGGGUUUGGAGAAACCUGACGAGUUUAGAGAAAAACCACACGAUUUCAGAGUCUUAUUUCAGCACCAUACAGAGGGAUGUACAGCCGUAUAUGAGAAGAAUUUUAACUGUUUGGAUGUUGCAGGUGUGUGAGGAACAGAGGUGCGAGGAGGAGGUGUUUCCGUUGGCAGUUCAGUACCUGGACAGGUACAUGGCUCACUGUCUUGUGGACACAUCCAGCCUACAGCUGCUCGGCACCGUCUGCAUGUUCCUUGCCUCCAAACUAAGACAGACAGUUCCUCUGAGCGCCGCUAAGCUCUGCAUCUACACCGACAACGCCGUCUCUGUCACACAGCUACUGCAGUGGGAGAUAGUGGUUGUGUCUAGGCUGGACUGGGAUUUGGCCUCAGUGCUGCCUUCUGACUUCCUGGAGCCACUACUGCAGGGCCUUCCCAUAAUUACUCAUGACCUCUCAGUCCUGCGCAGACACACACACUCCUACAUCGCUCUAGCUGCUACAGAGUUCACAUUUUCAACGUAUCUGCCCUCCAUUGUCGCCUGUAGCUGUGCAGCUGCUGCAGUUCAGCGUCUGAACCUGCUGGAGGGCGUGUUGUCCUGCGACACACUCCUGCAGCUCAUGGCUAACGUCUUAGACGCUGACCUGGUGUGUCUCUGUAACUGUUACGCUGCCUUGGAGGAGACUCUGAAGCUCACUCUGCCCCCAAACUCACCCCUGUGCAGGUCUUGAUCACCUGUUCACGAGGUCAGCAACACACCUAGGAUUGGCACCCUGUCCAGGGUGUACCCCGCCUUGUGCCCGAUGCUCCCUGGGAUAGGCUCCAGGUUCCCCGUGACUCUGAGAAGGAUAAGCGGUGUAGAGGAUGGAUGGAUGGAUGGAUGGAUUAUACUACAGACAAUCUAAGAUGCCAAAGUUUGGAUUAAAGUACACUUUAAUAUUCAGACUGUAAUUAGGAUGGUUAGUGUUGUAGAAUUUCACCUGUAAGCUGCACAUCCACUAAAUUAUCUGAUCAUUAUUUCCAUUAUGUCUUCUGUAUUCCUUCUCGAAAUAAAUUAACACACCGUAGCACAAGUAACUAAGCUGCUGCUUUUCAGCUUGAGAGUUCAAAAAGCUUUUAGUUCACUAAACCACCUUUCUCUCUCUCUCUCAUAUAUAUAUAUAUAUA